CGCACUUGGUUUGAGAGAUGCCAUACUGCAUUAACACGAAAUUUCCAGCAGCAACAGAGGCACUUGCAGUCAGCCAGCUCUAUAUACACAGAAAUCUGUGUGAAUAAUCAGAAAAAAUCAUAAAAAUUUUGCAAUUGGGCGAUGGCUUUUGAUUUUUGUUUUGAUAAAAAGCUAUUUCUCCAUACCACCUGUCGCUGUUGUAGUCGUUUCUUUUCCGAUAAUGUGAAACUUUACAAAAUAUUCCAAGAAAAAGUACGGAGCAGUGGUGAAGACAGUACGGGUGGAGGAGGUGCGGACAAAGGAAAUUGUGAUGGUGCAGCAAAUGAAUUCUUCUAUGAACCAUGUGAUGAAAUUAAGGAAAUCUUUGAAGAUUUUCAAAUAUGGAAGUUGAAUAUUAAUGCAAUGGAUGACUUGCCCCAACAAAUAUGUGAAGAAUGUUAUCAACGAUUUAAACAAGUGCAUGCGUUCCGUGAAGAAUGCCUUGAUAGCCAGAAGGUACUACAAAGCUACUUUUUGGAUUAUGAGGUGAUAGAUGCUGGAAAGCUUACACCGAAAGCAGAGAGCCCAGCUGAGGACAAUGAAAUUGCCUCCGAUUCGGUUUUAAACAACAAAGAUGUAGAUAGGUCAGUUAAUGUGAAAUACAAUAACCAUGAUGGGUCCAACUCACCGUUUAGUAGCCCUCGGCUACGUUUAAGUCCACGUUUGAUGGAAAUGGCUGGUUGUUUGGAUUCGUCCUCUUCAAUUGGCACACCACCUCCAUUGUUUGAGGAAAUUAAAACGGAGCCCAUUGAUAUGGAAACUAUGGAGGCCAUAAAACCAGAAUCAGAGUUACAGCAAGAGCCGCGUCAUAUUGACUAUACAAUUAGAUCUCAUCCUAAUUCUUCAGAUGAUGAUGAAGAAUCGUCUACACCCACAUCUGAUGAAGAGCAAUCGGAUGAUUCAAUAUCUUCCGACGGAGACGAGGAUGGCGAUGAAGAGGAAUCGUUGCAAAGCUUCAAACUAAAACAGAAAAAGAUCAAGAAAUUUAAUCCUCGUCUCACGUGUAAAAUCUGUCAUCAGGCUUGUACGAGUCGCCAGCUACUGAAAACACAUGUAAUGCGUUUCCAUCCGCAAGAGAAACCGUUCGAGUGUGACAUUUGCACCAGCACAUUCAAGUCUACAUUUAUGCUUGCUCAACAUAAGCUCAAACACAAUCGCCCCGACUCGACCCAAUGUGAUGAGUGUGGCAAAUACUUUCGAAGCCAAUUACAUUUGCAGCGUCACAUUAAAAAUUUCCAUCUGAAAUCUACCUACACUUGUCAUAUUUGUAAUCAACAAUUUGAAAAUUACACCCAAAUGCGUUUCCAAUACCAUGUCCGGCAACAUGGUGAGAAGCGAUUUUCUUGCUCAUUUUGUACAAAAGCAUUCCAUCAAAAGAUUCAUCUAAUUAAUCAUGAGAGGACCCACACCAAAGAGCAACCGUUCCGAUGCCAGCUGUGUGGAAAGGCAUAUCGUCAGCAGACAGCAUGCCAAGAGCAUAUGUUGACACAUCAGGAUCCGACACCAUUCAAAUGUAACCAUUGCCCCAAAGCAUUUAGCCAGAGAUCAACUUUGAGAAUGCAUAUGCAGCGUAUCCAUGGUUUAGAGAAGGCCUCCAAAGCUGCGGAUGCCAAUAUGAUGAUGAAUCAUAACUUUUUCUGAAAAUUUGUUAGGCUAGAGAACUCAUGAAUUGUAUCUCUUAUUCUUUAAGAUUAUCUAUUUGAUAUAUAUAUAUCGUGUGUAUAUUAAAAUGUCAUACCAAGUAUUAAACAAUUUUAAUAUAAUACCUAUUUCGCAUUAAUCUCUCAAUAAAAAGCUUAAGAAGUACUGAA